GGCUCUGCCUGGGGCGGCGCUGCCCGGGUGCCCUGGACCCUCUCAGCUGCUGCCGGAGCCCCCGGGAGAGUCCAGCUUCCCACGGAGCCCGGCGGAGGAGCUGUGAGGACCGCGGGCCGGUGCGCCGAAGCCCUCAGUGAGCCCUGCCUUGUCUCAAAGAGAAGAAGAGAACCAUGACCAAGUUACAGGAGGCUGUGACAUUCAGGGACGUGGCUGUGGUCUUCAGUGAGGAGGAGCUGGAGCUGCUGGAUGCUGCCCAGAGGAAGCUGUACCAUGAUGUGAUGCUGGAGAACUUCAAGAACCUUCUGUCAGUGGUGCAGGAACACCCCUACCACACACCUGGUCUCAGUGGCCUUCCACAGCACCACGAGCUCUUUCUUGUGUCUUUGACCAGAGGAGCCCAGAGUCCAAACAAGAUGGAAAUGAUUUUCAGAACAGAAUUAAAAUGCCUUUCUCUGGGUCAGCCUCUAUGCUGGCAUAUGACAAGACAUGAUAUCAACAAACUGGCGAGAACUCCAGAAGCUGUGAUAAACACUCAAGGAAAAGAUUCUUACUUAGCCAAGCAAUGCCACUCCUCCUGCCGUGGGGGAGGAGAAGAGCCUCCCUGGUCCUCUGAGGAUCAUGUUUGUCUUGAGAGUCUCACAAACAACCAUUCCAGCAUUAUGGAACAUCAGGAAUUUCUGUGUGGGAGAACUCAGUGUCCUUGGACUGAAACUAAGGGAGAGAACCAUAGCAAACACUGUCCACAGACUCCAGUGAGAAACAAUCCACAGUUGUUAGCUCCGGGUGUUGACCUUCUGAGUUGCAUUUCCCACCAUGAUAACAAUAUACUGCAUCAAAGAGACAAAGCCCACAGCAGCGACGACUUUAGUAAAGCCAUCAUCUGUCCCAAGUCACCCCUCACCCAGCAUGAUAUUUACACAGAACGGAAGACCUACCAGUGCAGCGAGGACCGAGAAACUGUCAUUGACAGCCCUGGUUUAGAACUCCAUCAGCAGGUCCUAUUGGGAAAGAAGUUUUCUGUACAUGGUGCACUUGAGGACAUCAGGCAAAGCUCCAGUGUCCUUGCUCAACAAAGUGCUCUUUCAGCAAAAACAAGCUACAGGUGUCACGAGUGUGGCAAGAGUUUCAGUCAAAGCUCAAAACUUCAGACUCACCAGAGAGUGCACACAGGUGAGAAGCCCUACCGGUGUGACACCUGUGGGAAAGGCUUCCGCCGCAGCUCAGAUCUCAACAUCCAUUGCCGAGUGCACACUGGAGAGAAACCUUACAAGUGUGAGGUGUGUGGGAAGGGCUUCACGCAGUGGGCACACCUCCAGCUUCACAAGAGAAGUCACACAGGAGAGAAGCCAUAUAAGUGUGGAGAUUGUGGCAAAGGCUUUAGCUGUAGCUCGAGCCUUUACACACAUCAGAGAGUCCACACUCAAGAGAAACCUUACAAGUGUAAUGAGUGUGGGAAGUGCUUCAGCUCGAAUUCCAACCUUCAAAGCCAUCAGCGUGUUCACACAGGAGAGAAGCCAUAUAAAUGUGAAGAAUGUGGAAAGGGUUUCAGUUCAGUCUCAAGCUUCCAAAGUCACCAGCGUGUCCAUACAGGAGAGAAGCCGUUUCGAUGCAAUGUGUGUGGGAGGGGCUUUAGUCGCAGCUGGUAUUUUCAAGAUCACCAGAGAAUUCACACUGGGGAAAAGCCAUACAGAUGUGAUGUUUGUGGGAAACACUUCAGAAGUACCUCAAUCCUUUACACCCACCAGAGAGUCCACACUGGAGAGAAAUCCUAUAUUUGUAAAGAGUGUGGGAAAGGCUUUCGUCAUGCCUCAAGUCUGCAGGUUCAUCAGAGCAUCCACACCGGUGAGAAGCCUUUCAAAUGCAAUGUGUGCCAGAAACGGUUCAGUCAGGCCUCGAACCUUCAGGCGCACCAGAGGGUUCACACGGGGGAGAAGCCCUUCAAAUGUGACACGUGUGGGAAAGCCUUCAGUCAGAGGUCCUAUGUCCAAGUCCAUCAGAUAAUUCACACUGGGAAAAAGCCAUUCAAGUGUGAGGAGUGUGGGAAGGAAUUCAGAUGGAGCGUGGCACUUAGUGCUCACCAGAGGGUCCACAUAGGAGAGAAACUGUUGUAGGAGGUUUUUCUUCCCGUCCCCAAACUCUGGAAAUAAGAACUCAUGAGACUCAAUUAUUUACAAAUACCUUGGCCAUAGAGCUAGGCUCUUCUCUGACUACCUCAUAACUUAAAAUAACCCAUUUUACUAAUUUAUAUUCUGCCAUGUGGUUGGUUACCUGAACUCAGGCACCAAGCAUCCAUCCUCACAUCUUGGCAUCUGAAUCUCGAGUGCCUAUCUCUACCCCAGAAUCCCUUCUGCCUGCUGGAAGUCCCACCUAUUUCCUGCCUCAGCUAUAGGCCAUAGGUUUAUUAAUUUACAGGUGUUGCAUACAGUCCAUACAGUAUACAAGAGAUUUCUUUUACAAGAAAUAGUACAUGUGUCAGUGGUGUGGGAAAGGCUUCAGUUAGGCCUUAUACUUCCACACACACCAGAGGGUCCACAUCUGUAGUGGGCCUACAUCUGCAGCAUCUCCUCUAAGGCUUCAGUCAAAGAUCACAUCUCAUCUACCACCAGAAGGUCCCCAUUGCAGGGAAUCUCUAGGUUUGUUCUGCUGUGGGAUGGGCUCCAUGCUACUGAUUGUUAAAAGCUCCCCAAAACCCAAAGGCUUCGGGAGACUUCACACAGGAAUGUAUUUUCAUCAUUUUGUGUGGGGAAUGCAGAAAUAUGCCUUAUGGAAGCCCAUAGAGAAUGGCGAGUGAGGCAUUAGCAGCUGCUACAGGUCCUUGAAUGAUCCUGGUCCACUGUGCAUAGUCCCACGAGGGACUCCUAGCACACUAGGGAAGUCUCAGAAUGGAUCCAAGACAAGGGUGGUUACCUCUUCCCCCUUUAGGGAAGCAUCCUGAGGUGACUGUACCCUCCCACACUUCUUAUAGUUAUGCCAACCUGCUUGGUUUUUAUUGGUGCUUGGGGCUAGCAUGGGAUGGUGUGAUUGGCCCUUCAGUUCAUAUGUGGUGUCUUAUUUACACUCUACUGCUCUCCUUUUAGGCUUAUUCAUUUUAUUUGAUUUUUUUUAUGUAUAUUUGAGUGUUUUGUCUGCAUGUAUGUCUGUGUACCACAUUCAUUUGUGGUGCACAUAGAAGCCAGAAAAGGACAUCAGAUUCCCUGGAUGUAUAGUAACGGAUGGAAGUGAGCCACCGUGCAGGUGCUGCAGACCUAACCUAGGUCCUCGGAAAGAAUGGCCAGAGCUCUGAAUUGUUCAGACAUCUCUCCAACCUUCACUUUUUGGUUUGGUUUGGUUUAGUUUGGUUUGGUUCGGUUUGGUUUGGUUCGGUUUUUCCAGACAGUGUUUUUCUGUGUAACAGAGCCCUGGCUGUCCUGGACUAGCUUUGUAGAGCAGGCUGACCUUUAACUCAGAGUAGUCUAACUGUCUCUUUCUCCUAAGUGUUUGGAUUAAAGGCAUGUACCAUCACGCCUAGCCAGUUUAUUUUUUAAAACUGCAUUUUACACAUAGAUGCUGUCCUUUAAAUUAAAAAAAAAAAUUAAACAUU